AUGAUGGAAGGGUAUGCUGCGGCGGUGGAAGCUUGCAAGGUUGGGUCGCCAAGUGAACGGGCUGUCAAUGCGUAUGUGCAAUCAACGUAUACAGCAGCCAUGGCGCGUGCUGCAGACGAGCUGCGUCGUAUUGCAGGCGAGCUUGGCGUGGCCCGAGGAGAGGAGGGGUGCCUUGACCGCUUGCGAAAGCACCGGCAAGACCUUGAGCAGGAGCUUGAGGCCCUUGAGAAGGAUCUUGCGACAGUCUCUGCGGCCAGCGAGGCAGGAUGGAUGCUCAGCAGCGCCUGUGCAGAGGAGCCUGGUUCGCGGCGGCGCCGCAAGGAUGCGGAUGCAAGGCCAGUGUCGAGGCGUUUGCAGCAACUGCCUUGGAGUGUGGGAGUGUUUCGACAAGGCGGCGAUGCAGUUUUAGAGGGCAAAGGACCCUUCUGA